UAAACAAACCCCUUCGCACGUUUUGUCGCGAUGGCCUCGUCUCUGCACAACGCUGGCUUCCUUUGUAGCGAUUUUCAUGUCAGAAAUCUCCUCGGGGUGUCUGUUGAGGGGGAUGAACACAUAUUGAUUACGUGUAAAGGCGUGGUCAAGCUCUAUAAUGUUCUGGACCGCAGACAGGUGAGGAGCUGGUCCACAAAGAGCUGGCAUCCUUUCACAUCUGCUGCUGUUACUGUUCCUGAAACAAACAACCUUGCAGUAGUUAUCAAUGGAAAUUCCAUUUCCCAGUGGAGUCGUGAAGAGGAUGACAUUGAUAAUGUCAAGCGUUAUAAUUUUGAAUCCCCAAUCCACCAACUCCUCGUAAGUGGAGAUAAGGUAUACGCUGUCUUCACCAAUGGCGAAAUUGAAGAGCUCCAGUCGGCUCUCAGCACGAGACGCGAGAGCAAGCCAGGGUUCUUGCAGGAGGAUGAGACUAUCACCUAUGUGCAGAUCAUUGAGAGCACCAGCACAGCCAUAGUUGCCGCCAAAAGGAAAGAGGCAUCUUGUACAAAACUGUACGAGCUGCAGCUGAACCAGAGUGGAGGAAGGUCACCCAAAGGAUAUGACUUGGCUGUUGCAGAUUGCACACUCACCGGCCUGUGUGCCCUCUCCUCAUCGACGCUAAUCACAUUAUGGUCCAAUGGAGAUAUGUACAGCUUUGACCUUCAGAAUGACUCCUUGGAGAAGCUGCCGGGGAAAAAACAUGCGACAGAAACUUCAGUUAUACCAUCAAAAAGUACAAAAAUCUUGGAACUGUCUCCGAGCCACAUAGCUAUCGUCGGCAUGGGGAAAGGAGAUGAAGGUGGCCUGAUUGUACUACGCGACUUGUCCUUCGCCAUGACGGUGUGCAGCCGCAAGCUCAAGAUGUACCACGACCCCCCGCUGGCCUGGGUCACGCCCGACGGGAUAGUGGUGGCCGAGGGGGGAUCCCUAGCCCUCAUACCUUAUACUGUCAAGGAGUCCAACUUGGCCACAGUGUUUGGGACUAAGGCUUCCGAAGAUUGUGAAUAUACCUCAGAAGUUUGUCGCAGCUGGAACCUGGGGACAGAGGAAGCAGUACCCGUGGAAGCUCAGGAGACCAUCUACACCAACAAGAGCACAGAACUGACCCACAUCAUGAGGGACCUAAAGAAGGACACACUGACAGAAAGCUUAUUAGUCACACACCUGGUGGACAUCCUGCUGGAGAAGAAGAAGACGCGGCUGCUCAACGAGACUCUCGACACUUUCCGCGACAUUCCCGAGGCCUGCUUGGUCAACAUUGCCAACUACUACCUGAGUUGCGACGAUGCGGAUUUUGAGGGCCUCUGCAAAUGCCCGCAGAUGGAGACCAAGUGUGUCAUUCCGGGAGAUGAGCCUGAAGAAGUCACCUGCCCAUUUGGCUUAGCAAAGGCCCAUUUCAUUAACGGCCUGUUGCGCAAACCCUUCACUGACAUCUUGCUGUCUCCGGAGCUGUAUCGCCUGGGCUUCGAUAAUGCCCUGAGCCUCAUCCAGUACCUGCACUUCUUACUUGCUGCCGGAGAGGCGUUACUUGUCCCUGAAGAAUCUUCCCGCAUUCCCUCGGUUGCGCAGGCCAGUUCGUGGUUGAGUCUGCUGCUGGACACAAAGUACCAACACCUGGUCAUGACGUCACAAGUGGACAUCCACCGGCUCCUCCUCUCUUGCUUCACUCAAGUCAAUAAUCUGAGGGUCUUCCUUGAAGGACUCAUGGACAUGGAGCCCCUCGUCAAGAGAGUCGUUGAGGCCAAGGUUCUCCCUCCACAGAUGAAUUCCUCAGCAUAUUCCCUCGAACGACUGACCAUCACGUGAUUCUUUGUGUCGUCUUUGUGUGCUGAAUGUGAAGGGGGAAAAAAAACUGUUAAAAUGCUACAUUAAAAGAAUUUGUUUUUUUUUUC